CUGGGGAGACCGGAUAUAGUGAAUGCAGGGUCUGGGGAGACCGGAUAUAGUGAAUGCGGGGUCCGGGGAGAGCAGAUAUAGUGAAUGUAGGGUCCGGGGAGAGCAGAUAUAGUGAAUGCAGGGUCCGGGGAGAGCAGAUAUAGUGAAUGCAGGGUCCGGGGAGAGCAGAUAUAGUGAAUGCAGGGGUCCGGGGAGAGCAGAUAUAGUGAAUGCAGGGUCCUGGGAGAGCGGAUAUAGUGAAUGCAGGGUCCGGGGAGAGCGGAUAUAGUGAAUGCAGGGUCCGGGGAGACCGGAUAUAGUGAAUGCAGGGUCCGGGGAGACCGGAUAUAGUGAAUGCAGGGUCCGGGGAGACCAGAUAUAGUGAAUGCAGGGUCCGG